AUGGCGUACCCCCAACGACCUAGGCAGAGGCCACCGCCGGUGAGAAACUACGGGGGUGGCGGCCCCCCUCCUCGGGGCGGGGGCUUUCAAGGACCCCCGCAGGAUGGAUACUUCGAUCAAGAAGCCUACGAUUAUGGCUAUGGCAACCCAAAACAGCGAUACGACACUGGAGGAUACGAUGAUACAGGAUAUGGAUACCCUGGUGACCAGGCGGCGGUCCCAAGAUCAUAUGGACCUCCUCGAGGAGCGCCGCGACCUCCUCGGGGAGGACAUGGUCCUCCUAUGCAGCCGCCGCCGGAUCGCAGCUACGCCUAUGGCGGACGAUCGGCGCCAAAUGGAUAUGAUGACCGUCGCGGCUAUGAUGAUAGGGGACCGCCGCGGUCAGAUCGAAUGAGACCACCUCCACGUCAGGUUCCGCAGUCGCCGGAUAAGAUGGGAUACGAUAACCCAUUCCCAAUGUUUCCACCAAAAGACCCCUCCCGUGGGCGGGCUGACUCUCAGGGCCGAAUUGAGAGGGGUAUGGCUGGAAUGGAUCUCAACGGUAUGCCGUCGGUGAAGCCGCCAGUGCGCCCGCAUACCUCUAAUGGACGACGGCCGGAUGUUUCCGCUCGUCCACCCAUGCCCAUGGCCCCGCCGCCCGGUCGUGGGCGAGGAAACGCUCCUGGACCACCGAUGCGAUCGGCCAGCGCCGGACGCCAUGUAGCAGGCCCUGCGCUAGAACGAUCCUAUACUGACGCCAGCGAGCCGCCGCCGCCGAUUCCUCAAAUCAACAGGAGCGCGACCAUGCCGGUCACUUCAGCCCCUACCCCGCCACCAGUCACCAAACCCUUAUAUCCUGGACAGACUACGUACCAGGAGCCGAGUUACGCUGCGUUUCGAUACACCCGCGAGUAUAGCACGGAGGAACUAUUGGAUGUCUACUACAACUCGGCACACGCGGCUGAGCCCGACAUGCCCAAUUUCGAUGCGAUACCCGAACACGGCAAUGGCGGCUUGAUCGACGAGAGUUUGCCUGGGUUGGAACAGCCAAAACCGAGGAAGGCUCCCAUCGAAUCACCGCCUCCGUCAAGGGGGCAAUACACUGCCUUCAACCCCCAGUCUGCGCAGCUUCAUCAUGCCAAGUCCCAGCCAGACAUGCGAUCGGGAAAUGCGCCAAAUCAAUUUGAAAACGCCGGCUUUCAUUUUGAUCUUCCCGGGGAACCACCGUCAUCUCCGGGCUACUCUCCCGCGUACUCCCCUGGAUAUCGCCACGACAGUAUGGGUUUUGGAAUUGGCGACAACCCUUAUAACGAUCCGACGCCGGCACCGUACCACGGAAGCCAAGAUAGUCGCAGUCAGUCUAUAACAUCCUACUCUGAAAGGCGCCCGAGCUUCGCUACCCGAGAAGGGUCCAUUCGCAGUAACGGGCCUCCCAAACCCUACCGAGCCAACCAACCCGGCUAUGUCAAUAACCCGCCCCCGCCAGUUAACGAAAUGGGACCGGUCAUGGAGCCUGAUCAAAACCCUGAUGCGUUGCCUCACCAUCCGGUGCCUUUCCGACCAGGCCAUGACUCAGGAAGCAAGCCUGCGCCCAUGCGCCAGUAUAAUCCCAGCGUGCCAGUCUCAGGACCAGCCCCGACUCCUCCUCCUGCACCUGCAUCGGCACCGCCAACUUUACAGGCCCCCCCGGUGGAGAUGACCGUCUCUCAACCAGUCACGCGGGAGGAAAUCCAAAGACUCCAACAGAUCGUCAAGAGCCGUCCGUCGGACCAGAAAACACAACUUCUCCUGGCCAAGAAAUUGGUCGAGGCCUCGACUGUUCUGGUCGAAGCCAGUCGAAUGGACCCCAAAACAAAGGCCAAGGCACGAGAGAAGUACAUAAAUGAUGCGUACAAAAUCAUCAAGAAACUUGUUGCCGCCGGGAAUGGAGAGGCUCAGUUCUUCUUAGCAGACGCCUACGGCCAAGGCUCGAUGGGUCUUCAAGUCGAUAACAAAGAGGCGUUCAACUUGUACCAUUCCGCUGCAAAACAGGGGCACGGUCAGUCCGCGUACAGAGUGGCCGUGUGCUGUGAAAUUGGCGCGGAAGAAGGUGGCGGUACCAAACGUGAUCCAUUCAAAGCGGUACAGUGGUACAAACGGGCUGCUUCUCUAGGAGACCCUCCGGCCAUGUACAAGAUGGGAAUGAUCAUGCUCAAAGGACUCCUGGGGCAGGCGAAGAACCCUCGGGAGGGUAUUUCCUGGUUGAAGCGCGCCGCCGAGCGUGCCGACGUGGAGAACCCACAUGCGCUUCAUGAACUGGCUCUGCUGUAUGUGAACGCAGGCACUAAUGAUGUUGUCAUUCGCGACGAAGGCUACGCCUGUCAACUUUUCCACCAGGCCGCAGAGCUGGGAUACAAGUUCUCCCAGAAUCGACUGGGCACUGCCUACGAGUACGGACUACUGGGAUGCCCGGUGGAUCCCCGACAGAGUAUCAUCUGGUAUACUAGCGCUGCUGCGCAGGGGGAGCACCAGAGUGAGCUUGCCCUUAGUGGAUGGUAUCUUACCGGCUCCGAGGGCAUCCUGCAACAGAGCGACACCGAAGCGUUCCUGUGGGCGCGGAAGGCCGCCUCUGCGGGACUUGCGAAAGCCGAAUAUGCGAUGGGAUAUUUCACCGAAGUGGGUAUCGGUACGAGCUCCAAUCUCGACGAUGCCAAGCGAUGGUAUUGGCGGGCAGCUGCCCAAGGAUUCCCUAAGGCUCGCGAGCGUCUCGAGGAGCUUAAGAAGGGCGGCGCUCGAAUGCAAAAAACCCGUCUCUCACGGUCUGCCGUUAACCAACAAAAACAGAAUGACGGGGACUGUGUUAUUAUGUGA